CUUGUUCAGUGCUCAUCCACUGGCACACCCGCCUGUCCAUCCAAAUAGGCCAGGCACACCCUGGGCCGCAUACUUGGGUGCCCCCAGCAGGCAGGCGGUCGGACGCCCGAGUGCCCCCCGCGGACGGCUAUCUGCCUGCCCAUCACCGCUCGGAUCUGCGGUGGUAAAUGAUGCAUUCGAUGGCGGGCGCAUUUGUUGUGCGCUCUCUGAAAGGGCUCCGAUAAUCUGGAAGGCAGAGAUAAGGAACACCAUUUAUUCCGCGGCACUUUGGAAACAAUUCCCAGCCCUGUACAACCCCAUUCUCGGGCAGCCUCCGGGAGCCGGACAGAUAACGAUUGGCUAUUCAUUAUCUUCGCCGGGAACAAAGAUUAGCCGGCCGAGAUGAAAAAUUACCCCGGACAGCGGCAUAGCCCCGCGCGGACCCCCCUGCCCGCCGCCGCCGCCCGCGCCUCGGUGCCCCGCCCGGCCCGCGGGCUCCGCGCUCGCGCCCGCCGGCCCGCCGCCCUGCGUGAUCCCGUGGCGCUGGGAGGUGCGGAGCCCCUGGUUGCCCCUCUGCUUCAGUCUGUCCGGUACAUCUUUCGUGUCCUUCUCUCUCUCCCCCCACCAAGGGCUUUGAGCCCCUCUGGAUUCUCUUCUCUCUUCCCAUCUUUAUUUUUGUCAUUUCUUGCUUUCUCCUCUCUGUAUCUCUCUUGGCUCUGUCCCUGUCUCUCUCUAGUUAAUAUUUUAACUGCUUUUGCUCCCAUCUCCCUGACCCUUUCUGCCAAUUUUUAGUUGUUUUUCUCCGUCCCUGAACGUCCCUAGCCCACCCCUCCACCGCCAACCCCUGUCCUUCUAUCGCUGUUGCUUUAUAAAGUCUGCCCUUGCCUCUCCCUGUCUCUUCCACCUUACCCAUCUCGCUGGGUCUUUCCAUCAUAGAAUAUCUAUGUCUCUCCGCCCACCCCCACUGUCCCCCAGAGGGCCCCACAUCUCCUGCCCUCUCAAGUCUUCCUGACUGUUGACCAGAGGCUGGAAGGCUCCAGCUGGCUCUGGCCAGCUCAACCCAGCAGGAGGAUGGUGAGUGGGGUGUGGAGUGUAAGACCUGGAACUCUCUCCAAGGAAACAGGGCAGAACUAGGAAAGGCCCCACAGACACAGCCCCUGCUGGGCUCUUGGGGGUGUGCUCCUGUGCCCCAGGAUUGGCUCCCCUGCCCCCUCCCAGGAGACUGGGGGCCUUGGGAACGGAUGGUCCCAGUGAGGCCACCUCAUUAGAGCAGUUAUUCAGCAUGGCGCUGGCUUAGGCAGAUAAGCCUUAUCAGCUCAUCUCCCCCUCCCACAGACGGACAGAAAGUGCCCUCACAAAUGGCACCCCGGAGCUCCACUGGCUGCCUGCCCUGCUGGUUAGGAAAGGUGUGGAUGACGGGCAAACUGGGAAGACACACGUACUGUGUCACCCAGGGACAUGCUCCAACACAGACCAUAGACACAGAGUAACAUUGGGUAGAGAAACACAUAAUUCAAAGAUACAUUCAUAUCCACAGAUGCCCAUGCCCCAGAUACACAAACAUCCCACACUCAUCAAUUUGUUCACGGAGCUACACACAGAUAGGCAGACACCCUUAGAUACCCUCUCAACACCCCCCCCCGUUACAGAUAGACAGGCAGACAACCCCCCAAUUCAUUGACACAGGAUAUCCAGCAAAAUGCUACUACUGACCCACACAGAGUCACACACCAAUUUAUAGCCAAACACUUGGAAAUACCCACUUCCCAUCAUAGGAUUUGUGGACACAAUGAUCUCACAGAUGCACAGCCACAGGGGCACACAUCCACUUCCACAGAUAUAUUCUGAAACCGUCACACACACGAUACACAAAUUUCGGGAACUCAUAAGAAGAAAUGGACAUGCUAACAGACUUAGUUUGCAGGCCUCCCAUGUGCCCACAGAUGCACAGACACACACCGGCACUCAGCACAGUCUGUGAACAGGCAGCAGUCACCACCAGUUUCAAAGAUAGACCCACAAGCAGCAGGUGCCCACAGAGCUGGCAGACCAAUGCACCUCCUCUCUGAGUGCACCUGAGCCCCUAAGAACUUUCUGUUUGGGCCCAAGGUCCCCAAGGCACUCUCACUCCCUGGGCAAGUGGAAUGGGACUCCAGCUGCCAGGUUGAACCGAAUCUCCCGGUAGGAAUUUUGGAAGUUCAAGGACUUCCCUAGCUCCCCAAACCAGAAGUUUCUUGGGGUGAAGACUCCCAUACCGCAGUUCCUCCACCCAGCCUUCCAAGGACAAGCCCUUCACGCCCUUCCUCCCUCCCACAUGAGUGUUCCUUUGGGGUGGGCGGAGAGAUACCUCAAACUCCACUUUUCAAGUGCUCUGGUAUACUCUCGAGUUGGGGAGCUUGGGUGGGGAAGGAAGGGAGCUUUGUCUACACUAGCCAAAUCAGCCUGUAAAUUGGGGAGCUGUAUGUGUGUGUGUUUGUAUGGGCGUGCGCCAGAGGGUCAGGCUACCUUUAAGUGUGUGCAGGUAUGUUUGUGUGACCCAGAACUCCAGGGGAUGCCCACACGGCCACAGCUGUAGUGCUGAUGUGUGUACACAGAUAUGUGUGCGGCUGUGUGAGCACUCCUGCAGGCAGGUUAGUAGAAGAGAGGCGGGCGUUUGUGUGUGUGCGUGUGUGAGCGUGUGUGCCCACGGCUCUCGAGGUCCUCGGGGAGAGAGUCUCCGGAGAGCCGCCCGGGCAUUCUGAGCGCGCAUCCCUAACAGCAGGGAUGCGCGUGUGUAGAGGCGAGUAGGGUGUGUGCGCCUAGAGUUCCUACCGGCCCUCGGCCCGCCGCCCGGCGGCUGGACUAGGGAGACCGGGCGCAGAGCCCCGGGCACCCUCCUGCCCCCCUGCGGCGCUCCCGCCCCCUCAAAGUGCUGUCGAAAUAAAAGCAGAGCCGCUGCAGCCGGAGGGGAGGGAGAGGCAGCAGGAGCAAGAGGGAGGUGGCAGGGCCAAACGCUGCCGCCCGACUUGCCGCUGAAGUCUCUAUCUCCUGGCUGCCAUCGCCCCCACCCCAGUCAGCCCCCGUUGUCCACCCGGCGAACAAAAGCGGCACUCUGACCACCAUGAGGCCGCUCGGCGUGCCUCCCGGGCCCUGCUGGUGAACGCCGUCAACCCGCGCGGGGUCCUGUGGGUCCCUCUCGCCAGGCAUCUCGCUGUACUCUCCGCUCCGCCCCAGCUCAGUCCGCCCGGGGGCGCCGCCCGCUGCAACUCGCUCGGGACGCUGCCACCGCCUCCGCCCAGAUCCCGAUCCUCCGCCGCCGGCCAUGGAGGUGGCGCCCGAGCAGCCGCGCUGGAUGGCGCACCCCGCCGUGCUGAAUGCGCAGCACCCCGACUCGCACCACCCGGGCCUGGCGCACAACUACAUGGAGCCCGCGCAGCUGCUGCCUCCCGACGAGGUGGACGUCUUCUUCAACCACCUCGACUCGCAGGGCAACCCCUACUACGCCAACCCGGCCCACGCGCGGGCGCGUGUCUCCUACAGCCCCGCUCACGCCCGCCUGACCGGAGGCCAGAUGUGCCGCCCACACUUGUUGCACAGCCCAGGGCUGCCCUGGCUGGAUGGGGGUAAAGCAGCCCUCUCGGCUGCUGCAGCACACCAUCACAACCCCUGGACCGUCAACCCCUUCUCCAAGACGCCACUGCACCCUUCAGCUGCUGGAGGCCCUGGAGGCCCCCUCUCCGUGUACCCAGGGGCAGGGGGUGGGGGUGGGGGAGGCAGUGGCAGCUCUGUGGCCUCCCUCACCCCCACCGCAGCCCACUCUGGCUCCCACCUCUUCGGCUUCCCACCUACACCACCCAAGGAAGUAUCUCCUGACCCCAGCACCACCGGGGCUGCCUCCCCAGCCUCGUCCUCCGCAGGGGGUAGUGCAGCCCGGGGGGAGGACAAGGACGGCGUCAAGUACCAGGUGUCACUGACUGAGAGCAUGAAGAUGGAAAGCGGCAGUCCCUUGCGCCCAGGUCUGGCUGCCAUGGGCACCCAGCCUGCCACGCACCACCCUAUCCCGACCUACCCCUCCUACGUGCCAGCUGCCGCCCAUGACUACAGCAGCGGGCUCUUCCACCCCGGAGGCUUCCUGGGUGGCCCUGCCUCCAGCUUCACCCCUAAGCAGCGGAGCAAGGCACGCUCCUGCUCAGAAGGCCGGGAGUGUGUCAACUGUGGGGCCACAGCCACCCCUCUCUGGCGCCGAGACGGGACCGGCCACUACCUGUGCAACGCCUGCGGGCUGUACCACAAGAUGAACGGGCAGAACCGGCCACUCAUCAAGCCCAAGCGGAGACUGUCGGCCGCCAGGAGAGCAGGCACCUGUUGUGCAAAUUGUCAGACGACAACCACCACCUUAUGGCGCCGAAACGCCAACGGGGACCCUGUCUGCAACGCCUGUGGCCUCUACUACAAGCUGCACAAUGUAAACAGGCCACUGACCAUGAAGAAGGAAGGCAUCCAGACUCGGAACCGGAAGAUGUCCAACAAGUCCAAGAAGAACAAGAAGGGUGCCGAGUGCUUCGAGGAGCUGUCCAAGUGCAUGCAGGAAAAGGCCUCCCCCUUCAGCGCGGCUGCCCUGGCCGGACACAUGGCACCCGUGGGCCACCUGCCGCCCUUCAGCCACUCGGGACACAUCUUGCCCACGCCGACGCCCAUCCACCCCUCCUCCAGCCUCUCCUUCGGUCACCCCCACCCGUCCAGCAUGGUGACCGCCAUGGGCUAGGGACUGCCCACACCAACCGACAGUCAGAUGCCGCCGAGGAAGGCGCCCCCAGGAUAGGAGGACCAGACCCUUAGCUGCCCGUCCUUCCCUGGAGACUGACACACCCCUGCCAGCGCAGCCGGAGCCCCACGCUGCCUCACCUGUGGGCGCUCCACUCCAUCGGCCGUCACUGUGAAGAUUCACCAGAGGCUGGGAGGCCGCUUCAGCCUGGCUGCCACCAGGUGGGGUUUCCUGCAUGGACACCUGUUUGGAGAGCAGAAAGGACAACUUUAUGAAGAUGAAAGGAGGGGGCAAGGGACAAAAGGAGGAAACCAUUUUUAGAAGAAGAAGGAGUAGGCAAACAUAAUUUAUUUUGCUCUUGUUUCUAACAAGGCCUGGGAGACUCAGGAGGCAUGGGCUGCCCUGAGCUCUCUGGUCUUCCUCAGAGCCAAGGGCCACUUGGCUGGCCCGCCUGCCAGGCUCUGGGGGCAGGUCUCCAGAGCCCUCAACCCACAUGCUUUCCUCUAGCUCCCUCUCUGAAGCAGCUGGACCCAGGUUGGGCUGAGCCAAGCCAGAGGGGCCCCAGCCGGGGAGGCUGAGCCAGUGCAGGCCCUGGCGGCCGGGCCCUGGAGUCCAGAGACAAUCACGGGCGGUCCUGCGCAGAUUCCCAGGCCAGGGCUGGGUCACAGGAAGGAAACAUUUUCUUGAGAGGGGAAACGUCUCCCAGAUCGCUCCUCUGGCUCUGAGGCUGAAGCUGGUGUGACCCACGUCCCCUUAACGGGCCUGAGCCAUAGCCUGCCUCCUCUGCCAGUGGACCCCUGUACAUACAUCUUUUUUUCUGCUAACUUCUCAACCCCCUCCUCUCCAACUCCGAGACAAAAGAAAAAAUAUAUUAAAAAAAAAAAAAACUGCAUAAGCUUAACUCGCUGAUGAGUUGUUUUAUUUUUAAACUUCUUGGGUCCAGUCAAUUGUACGUUGCCACAAAAGCCCUCGCUAUGGGAAGGAAUAAAACCUACAAACCAAGGCUGUAGCUUCGCAAUUAUUUUUGGAAAAGUUCUUGGAUCCCACAGCCCUAGGAUGGGGAGCGGGAGUGGGGUGGGACCUUGGCUCCUCUUGGCUUCCAGGGACUUAUCUGGCAGGUGGCGAAGGAAGGCAGGAGCAGGGGUUGGGACAGAGCUGGGACGGAAGGAGAGGCCAUGACCCUGCUGGGGUCUUGGGAGAUGCCUCGGUUCUGCUCUGCUCUGCUGUGGCUGUCUGGAUCCUCCCCAAGGUACAGCUGUACAUAACUGUGUCUGAGCUUAGAUUCUGUAUGCGGCGGUGGCAGGGUGCGGCGGCUGGCGAGGCCCGGCUGGGAAGAGGAUUGUGCUGUAGUCCAAGUGCAAUACGGGCAGGCGAUCGCUGCGGGGGCACCACAGCCAGAAGUAACUUAUUUUGUGCUAGUAUCCGCAUAAGAAAAAGAAUCGGCAGUAUUUUCUGGUUUUAUGUUUCAUUUGGCUUGUUUUAUUUUGGAUUAGUGAACUAAGUUAUUGUUAAUUAUGUACAACAUUUAUAUAUUGUCUGUAAAAAUUGUAUGCUAUCUUCCUAUUCCUUUAAAGUGAAUACUGUUAAGAAUAAUAAAAUACUUUUUGUGAAUGCC